GAAGUUGCAGCGCUGGCUCAGCUGGCUCAGCUGGCUUUUUUUUGUGUGUGGGUUUCGAACAUUCCGUUAGGUACAGAGUGUGCAUCAGACCAAAUCGGAAGAAAGCCGUACACAAUCUGGCUCCACCACUUUGUAGCUCAUCUCAAACAACCUCACGAUCCACCGCGGGCACAUGCCCACAGAACAUUACAAAUUGGAGCUUUAGUGCGGUACUUUUUUCUCCAGUUUUGCGCCCUUUCCACGCAGGGAGGAUGCGACUUAGGUCCCGUUUGACUUUUGCCUCUGGUCUGGUGAUUGGGUUCAUGACGCUGCACGUGCUGUUGGACUGGGACCUUCAUACUCUACAGCAUGUGAGCAAAGAGGAGCACUUUCAUCAGCCUGUGGACAGAGGUGACAACAUGGCAGCCAACUCCACAAACAGCACAACCCGUAUCUUGUGUUGGAUUAUGACUAGCCCCAAGAACCUGCAGUCUCGGACCGUACAUGCCAGGGAGACGUGGGCCAAACGCUGUGACGUUACCCUCUACAUGAGCUCCACUGAGACCGCCUUCCCCACUGUGGCCCUCAACGUGAGCGAGGGCCGGGAGAACCUGUACUGGAAAACCAUUCGGGCCUUCCAGUACAUCCACGACAAGCAUCUGGACCAAGCUGAUUGGUUCUUCAAAGCCGAUGACGACACUUUUGUAGUGGUGGAGAACCUCCACUUAAUCCUGUCCUCGUUCAACCCGGAGGAGCCCUACUAUCUGGGCCGGAGGUUUUCCCCUUUUGUUAAACAGGGCUACAUGAGUGGAGGGGCGGGCUAUGUCCUCAGCAAGGAAGCUCUCCGAAGGUUUGUCAAGGGCUUUGAGACUGGGGAAUGCACACACUUUUCCUCCAUAGAAGAUAUGGCUUUGGGGAAGUGUAUGGAGACCAUGAAGGUGCCAGUGGUGGACACUAGGGACGUACUUGGCAGGCACACCUUCCACCCGUUCCCUCUGGACAAAUACGUGAUCAGAAAGCCCCCCGGACCACAGGCCUGGCAUAUGAUUUACGAUCACUACCCGGUCAUAGAGGGACCUGACUGCUGCUCUGAUUACGCUGUGUCCUUCCACUACAUCAGACCUGUGCAGAUGUACAUGCUGCAGUACAUGACCUACCACCUGCGCCCGUUCGCAUACAAGUACAGGUUCAACACAGCGAUGCAUCCACGGAACCGCACGACAAAAGCUACAGUCACAACCAUGUAGAGCACAGGAUGAACUGCUAUUGUUGGAAUCAAGAACUUUUUCUAUAAAGUAAAAAAUCUCUAACGUAAAUAAAGAGUAUUUUAUUUAUUUUGAAAUGGGAUAUUUACAAUGUCAAUACAAAAAAAACCAAAAAAAACAACCUGUUUUUUACACAUGGGUAAAGGUAAAACCAAAGCUAUCGAUGCUACCAUUAAAGCUAUGGCUGAAACCAUGUUUCACACAGGAUGAACUGCUAUAGGCCCUUUUCACGCUGCUGCGUGGCUAGUUCUGGUUCUCUCAAAACUGUGGAUACGCGCUUUCUAAUCGAUUCAUUCUCUAUGACGAUUUAGCAAAGUUAUACUAAAAUAAAUCAAUAUUAAAAUAUGGGGCAGCGGA